AUGUUUUCCAGACGUCAGAAUCGAAGUGUACAUGACACCUCGUACACUGGGGUUAAUCCUGCUGCAUCGGGGACGAAUCAACCCAACAACAAUGCAUUGGCAGCAGCAUUGAGUAUUGGAAAGUCGCUCAAGCAACAGGGAGGUCCUGGUGUAAAUGCAACCAGUGGGGGCUCAAACCAAUACUUGUCGAAACCACCGCAGAAACGCAACAGUCUUUUGAAAAGGGAUUCUAUUACAAGAAGUCCUAGCAGUAACAAAUUCCGAAAUUUUUCUGAUGCCUCUUACAAUUCGACGUACUCCCAUUCCAUGCAGACUCCACCCCAUUCUGCGCAGAGAAGGUCGUCAAUACAAGGACAAUCGAAGGGAGGCUAUGACUUAGAUGAUAGCUUUGACGAUUCGUAUUAUGAUGAUAUCAAUCAGGAUGCUACCCAAAACUACAAUAAUGCUAAAAUGAGAGACUUAAGGUUGUCACAUCAAUUAUCUCCGCCUCCUUCGCGUAAUGGACAAGCACACCAAGAAUCUGGCAAUGUGAAAAUGGUCAAAAAGUAUAUACCAACUCCAAACGGUAUCAAGAUCAUUGAGGUUCCAGAAACUGUCUACCAAAAGGAGGUGGCGAGAAAUAAUUCAAUGAGAUCAAUGCCUAGAUCGGGAUCGAUGACUUCUUUGUCUCAAAAAAGACUCCCAAGAACAACAUCAUUAAGUUCAAUAACAGGUACGAAUAAGAAGCCCUCGCAUCAAAGAUUAUCGAGUUUAAGUAGAAACCCUGCAUUGGGAACAAUGGCUGAAAAUGAUGAAGUCCAAUCUAGAAGAAGACAUAAUGAGGAUUCAGAAUUGCAGAGAUUACAACAGCAAAUAGACCAUGAAAAGCAGGUUUCGAAAGAUUUAGAAUUAAAACGCUUAGAGUAUGAAAAAAUAAAAUUGGAAAGAUUAGAAAACGAAAAGAAGAUCCUACUCUUAAAGAAAGAAGCUGCAAGUAAUAAGGACAUAGAUGUAUCUGAAGUUAUUGAUGAAGAUGAUGAGGAAGAAGAUGAGCCUCUUCCAAAUAUUCUGGUCAUUGUCGACGAAAUGGAGAAUAAGCGUCUCGGACAUGAUGGAGGGUCAGACAUUAAUAAAAAUGCAACAAUUGAAAAACCAUCAUUAGGUGAAAUUAAUGACAUCUCAAGAGAUGAAGACGUAAAUGCGGACGAUGAGACUUCCAUCUAUGAACAAGAAGCUAUACCUGAGGCCUCUAUAGAUGCAUCAAGUGUUGUUGUCGACGAACUAGAAAAGAAAAACAUUGUAGAUGAUGAGCCAAAUUCCGAUAUUGGGACUUCAGAGCAUCUUCAGAAUGGCUUUAAGAAUGACCAAGGGGCCGCAGAGCUAAAUGUUAUCAGUCAGUAUGGCGAUUCUAAAGAACUAUUAAAUCGUGAUAGUAUAAUAGACAAUCCAAUACCUGUUAGUACUGACGAAGAAGACUUCGGUAUUGAAGAAGUGCCAUAUGAUAAAUCUGAAGAAAACAAUCUUGCAAAGCAUUUGAGACCAAAUUUUGACUCACUGCUGGAAAUUAUCGAUACAAACAAUUCUGGGCCAAAAUUUGAUCCAGAACCAGAAAUUAUCAGUACUGAUGAAACCAUGCAACUUAGAGAAUCAAAUCAUGAUAUGCUCGAUGUUGAAGAUCCUACAGUUGAGGAGAUGGCUAUAAGAACAUUACAGAUCCCAACAUCGUCACUUAACAAUGAUAGUUCUAGUUCUUCAGCACGUUCAACAGGAAGUUUUGAUUCUAACAUGCAACCUAGGUCGGAAAAAAGGCCAGUGAAGUCUGCAAUGAAAAAUUCUAGCUCAUUCUAUAAUUCGUCAAAUAAUUCAUCCACAGUAAAGAAUGCUGCACAAGAUGCUUAUCUUUCUUUAGCGACUGCAGAAAACACGAGAUUGAAUUCUAAGUUAUCCUCGUCGCAACUAAAUGAUGCUGGUGCUCAAUUUAAUGGUGGAGCCAAUCAAAUGCAACAGCCUCAAUCAAACAACCAAUAUAAUGACAAUCAGCAAAAUCAUUCAAAUCAACAAAAUCAUUCAAAUCAACAAAACCAUUCAAAUCAACAAAAUCAUUCAAAUCAACAAAAUCAACAAAAUCAGCACAAUCAACAAAAUCAAUCAAAUCAACGCAUGCGGGUUUCAACAUUAAGAAAAUCACCAUCCACUCAGGGUCCAGGCUUGGCAUCAAGAACGCUCAGGCCACAGUCGACCCUUCCUGAAACUCUUCCUCAGAGUAAUCAGCAUCAUCCCCCUGUUAACGGAAUGGGUAACAGGAAGUUAAGAGAUAGGACAUCAGCGCAUGUUAACCCUACUAGAGAUAGAUCAUCUUACGUGAAUCAUAUAAACCCUCACCCGGCCUUGCAACCAAAUUAUCAGUCACCCUCAAAGACGAAAGCUGCCGAAUUAUAUGCGAAGGCCAAUGCUAGACCAAAUUCAUCUUUCAUGCCAGUAGCAGCAAAGAAGACUUCUGAUGGACCAGCUACGAAACAGGCGCAAAAGGCCCGCAGAACAACUUUGCGUGACAUAUCAUCGCCAAAUCAGACCCAAAGAGCUGAUAACUCUUUGAACAAUCCACCACAGAAUACAAAUGAAACUAGCUCCAAUCCUGUUGAAAACCGUAGGGCUUUCAGAUCAAGGCUUGCUGAUUCUGAUGAGGAAGAAGGUCCUGAAGGAAGGAGUAAAUUUUUUGGUGGAGGAUUUUCUUCGAGAUUCAAUGAUUCCGAUGAAGACCUUGGAGGGUUAACACGUAACCAAAAUAGUGCUAAUCAAACCACGACUCAAAAUUCUUCAAAAAAUAAUGAACUUCCUGUUUCUAAUGUCCUGCCAAAUCGUAAUAAUAACACUUCUGUGGAAGGAAAAACUGAUCAGACUCUGAAGUCUAAAUCUAAAGAUAAGAGAAAGUUUGCUAAAUUAAGAAAACUUUUCGGCAAAGAUUAG